AUAUGAGGGCAGAGGAGACCAGGCGCCGGCCGGGAAGGGGGCGGGCGGGGUGGGAGGGCGGCAUCCCGAGCCGGGAGCGUCGCGGCGGCCACGCAGCGCCGGGUGCAGCCCGCGGCCGAGCGCGGCUCGCCGGGCUCCGCUGCGCGGCUCUUACCGGGCGGCCGCCCUCGGCGCCUGCCCUGAUCCCCAGCCCAGGCCGGUGGCACACCCAGCCGCAAACGGGGCCCUGUCCGUGCCAGCGGCCCCCACCGCCCUUCCCUGGGGAUUCGCGUCGCCCCGGCGGUGCCGGUCGCGAUGAGGCGUCGCAGGAGCCCGGCUGUCGGCUGCCUGUUGCCGUGUGUGACAAUGGAAUUCCCUGCCGUUGCCAUAGCACCGGGCACUUGUUGCGAGGGGCUGGGGGGGAAAUGCUGCAUUUCCUCUGGCUCACCCCGACUCUCGCUUCACCGCCCCCGUGUUGGGAGAUUUCAGGUACUCAGACUCCACCUUUACCUUCACCUAUAUCGGAGGCUCCAAAAGUGUGUCCUAUUCAGUGCAUGUCUCUGAGGAUUACCCAGGAGUCACGGCACAGCAGCACAGUUGAAGAAGACUCUGAAGGAGAUAAUGACUCUGAGGAAUUUUAUUAUGGAGGACAGGUUAGCUAUGAUGGAGAACUUCACAAGCACCCACAGCUGGAGGCUGAUCUAACAGCAGUGAGAGAGAUCUAUGGACCUAAUGCAGUAUCUCUCAGGGAAUAUGGAGCCAUUGAUGAUGUAGAUAUUGAUCUACAUAUUGAUGUUAGCUUUCUUGAUGAGGAGAUUGCUGUGGCUUGGGAUGUAAUUCGCACAGAGCCUAUAAUAGUGCGACUGCACUGUUCACUUACACAGUACCUAAAUGGACCAGUGCCAACUGUGGAUGUAUUUCAGAUCUCUACUAAGGAAAGAUUUGGGCUGGGACAUCAGCUGAAAAAAAUCAUGCAGACAUUUGUUACACAACAAUGGAAGAACAGUAAAGAAAAAUCUAACUGUACGCACAAUAAGAAGGUGUCUGACAAAAAGGUGAAAUCCCCUCUGCACAUCUUUUCUACAUUGCGCAGGUCGCCAAGUUAUCCUCCACCUGGCUGUGGUAAGAAUAAAUCAAAACUGAAGCCAGAACAGGAUGGCAUCUCCAAGACUCACAAACUAUUGAGAAGGACUUGCUCUAGCACAGUGAAGGCGGAGGAUGUGUGUGCCACAAAAUCUCACAGAACAUUUGGCCGCUCGUUAUCGAGUGACCCUAGGGCUCUUAGAUCGCACAAACUGCUGAGUCGUGCUUGCUCUGCAGCUGUCAAGCAGGAGGAGUGCAUCACUUUAAAGCCCCAUAAGGUGUUAAAUAGGUCGUGCUCUGGGGAUCCUCGAUGUGAGCACAACAGCACCUUGAAGCCCCACAAACUUUUAAGCAGAUCCUACUCCAGUAACCUUAGAAUGGAAGAAUUGGAUGGAUUGAAGAAUCAUAAGUUGCUCAGCAAGACUUACUCCAAUGCCCCUAAAUCAUCCAAAACGGAGCCUUUCAAGGAGUCCACCAUGGCAGAGAGCAGGAGGCUCUCUCUUACCUCAGGGCUUAUUGGUAUCUUAACACCAUCCUCAUCAUCACCUUCACAAACUGCUCAAAAUUAUGGUGCAAAAUGCAUUCCGGUGCGAGACCGUGGCUUUCUUGUGCAGAGUAUUGAAUUUGCUGAGCAGCGGAUACCAGUAUUGAAUGAAUACUGUGUAGUUUGUGAUGAACCUCAUGUGUUCCAGAAUGGCCCUAUGCUGCGGCCCACUGUUUGUGAACGGGAACUCUGUGUAUUUGCUUUCCAAACAUUAGGAGUGAUGAAUGAAGCUGCUGAUGAAAUUGCAACUGGGGCACAGGUAGUUGAUCUGUUAGUAUCUAUGUGUCGGUCUGCAUUAGAAUCACCUAGGAAAGCUGUCAUUUUUGAGCCAUAUCCUUCUGUAGUUGAUCCUAAUGAUCCUCAGAUGCUGGCCUUUAACCCCAGGAAGAAGAACUAUGACCGAGUCAUGAAAGCAUUGGACAGUAUCACUUCCAUCAGAGAGAUGACACAGGCACCUUACUUGGAAAUAAAGAAGCAGAUGGAUAAACAAGACCCACUUGCACAUCCUCUUCUACAAUGGGUUAUUUCUAGUAAUAGAUCACAUAUUGUGAAGCUACCAGUGAAUAGGCAACUGAAGUUUAUGCACACUCCCCACCAGUUCCUUCUUCUCAGCAGUCCACCAGCCAAAGAAUCCAAUUUCCGAGCUGCUAAAAAUCUCUACGGAAGUACCUUUGCAUUUCAUGGUUCACACAUUGAAAAUUGGCAUUCCAUCCUGAGGAACGGCUUAGUUGUUGCUUCUAAUACGAGGCUGCAGCUCCAUGGUGCAAUAUUUGGAAGGGGAAUCUACCUUAGUCCAUUGUCAAGCAUAUCAUUUGGUUACUCAGGGAUGAACAAGAAGCAGCAGCAGAAGGUGUCAGCUAAAGAUGAACCAGCUUCAGGCAGUAAGGGCAGUAAUACAUCACAGUCACAGAAGAAAGGACAGCAGUCACAAUUUUUGCAAAGCCGUAACUUAAAAUGCAUAGCCUUAUGUGAAGUGAUAACCUCACCUGAUCUGCACAAACAUGGGGAGAUAUGGGUAGUUCCCAACACGGAUCAUGUGUGUACAAGAUUUUUCUUUGUUUAUGAAGAUGGUCAAGUGGGUGAUACAAGUAUAAAUACACAGGAACCAAGCAUUCAUAAAGAGAUUCUUCGAGUCAUUGGCAAUCAAACUGCUACUGGUUAAAAGGACCACUCUAAUUUAAUUGAUGUGAAGCCUUCCUCAGUCUCAAAGCUGGAUUUUGAACUGAAGAAAAUGCAAAAAACUAAUUUAUUAUUACUACACUAAGCAAAUUAACCAUUUGAAUACUUACUGUUUUCUUACUUAGUAUUUCGUAUCUCAUCAAAAUACCUGAGAUGGUAUCAAUUAGUAACUGUAGGGGUGCAAAGGCUAUUAUUAUACAAAAUUAAUAAUUAAACAGGCAUUUGGGUUGCUCACAAUAAACAGACAUUAAAAAGGAUUUUUGUGCUGAUAUUUUUAUACUAAACUUCAAUUGGAAGUUUUAGUACUGUAUACUGGUAUUUUAAAUUUAGAAGGACUGAAUUGCAAGUAAGAGAGAAGAUUUUAUAGCGGAGCACUGUAUUAUGCAGGAUACUUUGCAAUAAGUAAAAUAUUCUCAUAUUAAAACACAAUAAAAAGUUGUCUGGAAUAUGUAAAAUUGAAGAGAUUGGCUACCUGCAGCUAUCUUUGAUUAUUUUUAUUUUAUGCAAAUGCCGUUAGCAUUUAGACUCAAAGGUGAAAACAACAAUGCAUUUUUUAUUUACUGGGUGCAACAAAGCAAAAUUAAUGUGAUGGUAUAUGUUCAGCUUUCUUUAUCUUCUCUGGAACACUGUCUCACCCAUUAUGCACCUCAGUUGCAUUUUUUAAUUAUACAAGCCUAGGAAACACCUGGAAAACCUAAAACUGUUAAUUUUCUUUUUAGAAUUUUCUUUUUUAUAUACUAGAUUUUACAGUUUCAUUAGAUCAAUGAAGGUUUUUUAAUGUUUGCAUCUUAACUUCAGUGAAAUUGCUCUGUGAUUAAAUUUAUCCAUAUAUUUUAAAGUAUGUGCUGAGUUAAGGCUUUUACAUGGUUUAGUUGAUUGUUGGUGCAUCAGAAAAUAUAUUCAAAUGCAAAAUUCUACUGGUUUUGUCUUGGUAAAACAGUUUUAAUUAAUUUCUAAGUUAUAAGAAAUCAAUUUAAAUAUCUCUGUCUUUUAAAUUAACAGCUGUUUUUUCCAACAGUAAGAGUAGGAUGGCUACACAGAUAGAGAAGGGUCCAGUCUCCAAGACAAAAAGCAUACCCUGUGCCCUGAUGAAUGCCCUUGGCAGCCCUCAUGGUGGCUAUCCUGAAGCAUCAAUCACACUCUUGAAUAUGGAGAGCAGUUGAACUUACCCAUCUGUGCAACUACUACAAGCCACCUCAGAAAGCAAAAAUAGACUGAAACCUCUCUUAUGUUACUUUCAUAAUAAAGAUACUAAAGCACCAAAUAACAGCACAACAGAGCACAGGCGUGUUUGUUUCUUUUAAACAGAACUGAAUUAGGUCUGCUGUAAUGGAUUAUUCCUUCUUUCUAGUUCAUGCUACACUCCUGUAUUACUUGCUGCAGUUGAAGUGCCCUACAAGUUAAUAAUGGUAUUUGGCCUAGGAGCGUAUACCUGGGAUUUAGCAUUCUACAUUAUUUAGCAUACCUGUAGUUUAGCAUCCUGCAGUUAUUUGCUUUAGUGUUAAUUUUUUGGGUUCAUAUCCAGACUUAUAAAGCAAAUUCUUUGUUUGCGUAUCCCCAUUUUGCUGUUAGUUCUAUUGACUUGCACCUUCAUUUGGUGGACCUCUAAAUUAGAGAAGCACUACUCUAAUCAUUGUCUCUCAUGUUGAGACACAGGUUAACUUCUUGAAACAAAGAGGUUUCCUGAAAUUUGUCUAUCUGUAUAAGGACUGCCAUAGGUUGUGUGACUGCAAAAAGUCAACAUAAUUCAGAAGUGGAGCUGAAACCAUGGCAUGACCAUCUUUCUGUAAUGGUCCUGCCGUAUGUGUCUUAAUCGCUCUGUUUGGCCUAACAAAAGGAAACUCGGAAGCAAGUCCACAAAGAUGUUCUAUGAUUAUUUGCAGGGCUGAUAGUUCACCACUCUGGGAUGCCUCUUCAAAAAAAAAAAAAAAACAAAAAAAAAAAACAGGAGAAAAGAGAGAUGACCAUGAGUGAACUGGAGGAGCCAAGUAAACAGUCAUCUUCCCUGUUCCCUCAAGCUUAUUGAUGGACAUGGGGUCAGAAAUUGAAUCCUUGAAGAAAGGAGUGUGCAAUGUAGCUAAUGAGUUGACCUCUGUUUGCAUUGUGGGGUUGUGACACUGGUCAUGCAUGGAAGAGCUUAAGGAUAAGAUUUUCUUUGAAGGAUUUGUCCUUUGUGGUUUUUUGCAAAGGUGGAAGUUGCAUGAUGCCAAACGCUUCCAAAUAACUUACAUUAACAUGGAUUCCAAGGGAUGAAAAAUUAAAAUCCUAGGGUCAUUUGACCAAGACCCUGUGUUAUGCCCAAAGCCCUUGCAUUUUCCUUCCUCUAUUGUCAUGCACACAUAUUAGUGAUGGACCAAUCAUUGUAACUCCUGCUGUAAAAGAUUCAGGCUUUCCAAAGAUGGUUUUUAAUCAAAACAAGUAGAGCCCCAGGCUCUGCCAUCUCUCUUGGUAGAAAUUUCCAUGAAGUCACUGCUGUUGCCAUACCCAGUAUGGAGCAACCAAGGGAGUUCUUGGUAAAUAACUUUCUUUUUGCUAUGUCCUACAACAAAAUGCAAGCCCUCCUCAUGGUGGAAAGGUUUGACAAAAAUUUGCAUUAGUGUUUAAUGUUGCGUCCUAAUUAUGCAUUGCUGUAUUUAUACUGCUGAGUAUCUUAAAACAUUGUGAGAGGAAUCAAGAAAGAUGCUUUUAAAUCUUCCUUGAGAUUCAGGCAAGUAUUUAGCAUUCAAGGUCAAAAUUAAGCAAUUUGAGGUAUCUUCUAUGAUACUUGAGGUAUCUUCUAUGAUACAAAUCAACAUGGCCCUGUUUUCUUCAACAGUGCUACACUGUUUUGAUAACCUGAAUCUUUAGCUUCCUAUUACUUACCAUAAAGUGGCCAGGUUGUGUAAUAUUUUGGUUAAUGUUUUACAAGAGCUAGUCAAUGACACUGGAAUUUUUAGGCUUGAAUUUUUUCCUGUACAGCCCUUGAAAAAACCCUUAAUGAAGCUGAAUGAUUUUAACAUAAUAGCUGUUGGUACUAAAAAUGCAUCUUAUGAAUUAUGCUAAGAUUGUUCCUUUGUUAAUACAAAUAUAAAGUCACUCCAGAUUAAGACUUCAUGCAUAGAUAUAUUAAACUUUGCUUACAAAUCACUUACUCCCAUGAAAACAAUUAGCAUAAUUCCUACAAGGAUAAAUACAAAGUAGAAAAAAAAGCCAAAAGGAAACAACUGAAUUACGAGAUUUGUGGUUUAGAAGGACCAAACCCUUAGCAAAUGCAAAAGUAGUAUCUAGUUACUUAAUAAUUACAUGAAUUUAGACAGAUUUUUUCUUGGCUGUCGGAAAUGAAAGUGGGAUACAAAGAAUAUGAGCCAUGACUCACCAUGCAGCCUCUGCUGGCAGUGCUGCUGCAGCUGGAAUGGCCCUGGCCACCCAUUCACUUCUCUCCUGUGACACACAGCAUCCUGUGGUGUUUUAUUUGCAAAAUUCAGGUGUUAAUCUGGUGUCUGUGCAAUUUCUUCAUUACAAACACCACCUCAAGGUGAUGGAUGAGUCUGUUGAGUAAACCGAGCAAGAUCUGUUGCUUGUAGAGCAGUUCUGUGAAGCACCUGAGGUUGUUCAGAAAGGAUCUUGAGUCCAGUCAGAUGAAUUUAUUCUUUAAAUAAAUUCCACUCAGGAGUGGAGUGGUACUUGCUUCAGAAGGGGAUAAAUAAAAGGGGAUAAAUAAAAGGGGAUAAAUAAAAAUGGGAAAGUUUUCUCCAAGCAGAGCGUCAUCCUUUGUGCACUGUUCUGUGUGAAAUGCACAAGGAUGUCGCUGGGAGUUUGGAUUUCCCGAUCUGUGUUUGGAAGCAGGUCUGAAAGCACUGACCUCCUCUGUCUGUCCUGGCAUGUCAGUGUUGUACUCCUGCUCACCUGCUGCAGCAACAGCCACUGACAAGAGCCGAAGGAAUAAGACAGCUUGAACUGCUGUUCCAUUGCAUUUUGAUUGCAUGCUCCCGCUCAAGUUUCAGUCUGCCACAGAAUAGCUACAAUGUAAAUUACUGCCCAUUACACUUUGCGUUGGGAUUUUGUGUAUGUACUAGGCAUAAGGCUUUUGUAAAGGGAAAAAAAUUAGUUUUUAGAUGAACAUAUCUACUGUGUUAAAAACCUGUUGAGAAGAUUGCAUUAAUAAUUUAUCAAAAAGUCAGUAAAAAUAUUCCUUAUACAUAGACAUUUAAUUUAAUGUUCUAAAAAUAAUUUUUGAACUUACCCAGUAUGUAUUGUAUCUUUGAACUUUAACAAACAGACACUCCUUUAUAUAAACAUAAAAUAUGCCAAUGUUUCUUUUAACUCCCUAGCCUUUUUUUCUCCAGAUAAAUUUAUUAAAUUCUGUGCACAAAAUCAUACUGCAGCCUGCUAUUUAGCCUAUGGUGCCUUAGAGUUACUCAAAUAUUAAACAAAAUGGAGAUAAUGUAAAUACUGCCAGAAGAUCACUAAGGCCAAAUAUUUUCUCUAUUCACUUUUUACUGCACUUGCUUUCUAUUGCUAUUUAAGCCUCUUUUAUUCAGCUUUGUACCAGCUAUAGCAUUGUAGCCAAUGUAAAUGUUUACCUUCAAUAAAUCAGAAUUUGUUCAACAAGCACUGGGCAUUUGGGCACUAUUUUGAGAACUCUGUUCAAAGUUAAAACAGCCAUCUAAGAAUUAAACUGCAUCUGAAGCAGUUUCUUGACUUUUGCUAAUCUCAAUGACAUCUAAAAGUUAUGCCAUGCUUUUACACAUGUUUUUGAAGUAAAAUUUUUUUGCAGUGAUCUUUUUAAAAACACUUAGAUGGACAGUAAAACCAGCUUUUCUUGCUGUGUGUAUCUGAAUGGGUUACCCAACUAUAAUAAAAGCAUUGUUUUGCAUGUACAGUAUCAUAAAAUGCAUAAAGAUGUCUCAAGAUGCUUUUUAUAAUUGCUUUUAAAGAAGUUCUCUGUUUUUCUGUAGAGCUGUUUUUGUCAUGAAAACACAGCAGAUAUAUGACAAACCGUGUCAUACUUUAAUGUGGCUAUGUUUAAAGUAUAAAUACACAUCUGCAACUCAUAAAAUAUGCAGACGUUCGUGGGACUGGUUAUUAAUUCAGUGAGUGUACUGGUUUUUUCACUACCUGUGAGCUCAUUUUAAUUAUACGGGUGGAUGUAGCUUACAACUUUUGAAACUUUUACCUUUUGUUGUUAAAUUUAUUAUUUUUUAAUCAGAUUGCAGAGUCAAAGUGGUACUUACUAUUAUUUUGACUGCUGGGAAGUGUAUUACACAAAUAUGACUAUCAGAGAGACAAAAAGAUACAUCAUUGCUACUCUAAAUGACUGAUAAUUUGCCUUCGAUUUAAGUGUAGAGGCUAGAGCUUGAAUUCUCUAAUGGGAGAGAUCUUCCAAAUUUUGGAGGUCUUGAAUUUGGAAACAGUGACUUCCAAACUCACAAAAGAAGAGCUGAGUCAUCUCUAGAAUUGGUACCCACAGAGAGUAGGAGGGUCAUAAUUUAUAUUUGCUUUGGUUUAACUUACUUCAUUUCCAAGUAGCUACAUCACAAGUUCUCUCAAUAUGUACCAAUAUUAAGUUUUCUGCUGAGAAGGUCUUUGGUACACUGUAUCCACCUGUUGAAAGGUUCCAUGUGGGACACGAGAGAUUCGCAAUCCAAACAGUAAUUGACAGCAGUAAAAAAAUUAUUGCAAUGAAUAAGAGCUACUUUCAAGUGCACACACUGUAUUUUUAACAGGUCGAAUAGCAGAGUAUCUCCUAAGAAAAUAUCACCAUUGCAAAGAAGGAUAUACUUUUUUAUUAAGAUGUGUUUACACACUUGACCAACUUCACAUUUUUGAAAUUGGUGUGCAGUGAAGAUUGAAAUAAGUAAUUUUGCACAGAAGUCACAGCCUUGGCCCCCUCCAAGAGGGAUUUGUCCUCCUGAAAUACUGUAAGGCAACUUAAAUAUAGCUGCAUCAAAUGAAUGAAGCCAGUAGUAGCUGAGGGCUGCAACUUUUCUGUGCCCCAGCUCUCAGCACAGUGCAAACACUUUAAGAGAUGAAAACUUUAGGAAUGAAGCAAAGGGCUCAGUGCCUUGCAAAAACCUGGUGUCAAAACAGAUGAAAAAAAAGGAGCAGCACUUGGGAAAAAGUAUUAAAUUGGCAUUUUUGUUAGACAACAUUGUUGAUCCCUCAGGCUGAGCAAACAUUUUCCAUUCACAGUUAAGGGAGAGAAGUAUAAUUCAACACACAGAAUGUGAAGCCUCUGAACAGGGCAUAAGACCCUUCUAGCAUCAGCAUUGUUUGUAGCAAACCCAUAUGCAAGGCGUCAGCUAUUGGAUUCCAGCCAGUUCCAGAAAACUGGCAUUUUGCGAGAUGCUGAAUCUGUGGGAAUUACACUAGCAGCAGGAACAGUGACUGCUGCAGAAGCAAGAACAGCACAAGUCUCCAGGGACUGUGUCUGCAGCAAAAUACAGGAACUCCUGGUGUAUGGUUUGCUCAACAAAAGCCAGAGCUUAUCAUCAGCAAAGCAAUUAUAAUUCGUAACUUUUAAGGAGAAAGCUUUCCAUUGUUUAGGAGAAAGGAAAAGGAAAAAAAGAGUAGUUUUAUUCAACCUGCUGUCCUGUCACUGGAUAGUUUAGUCUAGUAGCAAGUCUGGGGCAUGUCCCAUUCUACUUGCAUGUAGCAGGUUUACUUACAGCACUAGUUAGGAACUUUCUUAGAGAUCUCAGGCAGAAGGAGGAAUGUCUCAAUUGGCUGACAGUUCCUUGGAGCCAGUCUCAUAUUUUAUAACUAUUCUAAUGAAGUCUGUACAGGUAAUAUAUUCCAGAAAGGGAAUAGGUGGCUGAUACUGUCCUUGCUGUCCUUUCAAGUCUGAUCAUACUGUUCUUCCCAUGAGCUGCUGAAAAAAAAAAACAAUUUUGCUGAUUGUUUGAAAAAAAAAAUCCUUAAUCUCUCCUGAUCUUUCCAUCUCUCCUAGACAAUAGCUUGGAGUUUGGGUGUAUUUCUCUUCACAAACCUCUACCAAAGUUUAUUCAGUGUGAAGAGCUCAAAGAUGAGAGGAAUCAGAGGCUAAACUAAUUGGAAUAGGUAUAAAUGUAAUUUGAAUGUAGGUAGAUGAAAAUGUGUAAGUAUAUAUUAAAAAAUUUGCAUAUAUUUAUAGGAACAUAAGUUGAAACAGAACUUUUGACUUAAAACUAAGGAUCACAGUAUCACUGUUUACAACACUUCUGACAAAUGGUGUAUUACAAACUGGUUUUAACUACCCUAAUGUGAUAUGUGUUGGUAGAUCUUACUUGUUGACAUUUUGUCAAAGACAUGUUUUGCUAGAGGCCUUCAAAUUUUUGCCUGUGGGGAAUACAGUCACUCUUCCUCUGUAUGCAUUAUCACAUAGCUGGUAUGUUGUGCUUCAUGCAGUAUACCAUAUAUUUGAAAUUGUAUUAUGCCACUCUUUGGCUUUUUAUUGUCUUUGAUUUCAUGCUUACCAUUCUAAUCAAUAGUACAUGAGUAUCAGAAAUCUCAAGAUCUUCUAGCACCAGUCUCAUUUCAGAUUCCUGCUGAUACUUUAUGCUUUGGAACUUUGCAGCUUUUUUUUUCAGCUGCAUGUCUCCUUUUUAUGCCUGGGUUACAAAGGUUUUUGGGUGGUUGCUAAAUACCUUGCUAAAGCUGAGAGGUGGCACUUCUGUCUCUCUGAGAGUUGAUUUACCUUUUUUUGUUAAGAUCUCUCCUUUUGUUAAGUUUCCAGUGGUCUUUUACACUACGAAAAAGUUGCAAAAAAAUUAGAGGACUUGUUGGGGAGUUGAUUUUACUGUUUGUUAUGUUGUUCAAUGACUUCCUAUUCUGUAUAUCUGUGCUAAUGUGAGCUGAAUUUGUGAUUAAUUGAAGAUCUCUUUCCUGUUGCUUGUACUGCUCACAGAGUUAGCCUUUAGAAAAGCAUCAGGUAUGAGCAUUAAAGCACAAACUGAGUAUAUUUCAGUUAAAAUGCAAAAAUAUGCAGCCACGAAGAGUAAAAAAAGUAUUGAAAUUACAGUCCAUCAAUACAAAAAGCAUGUGUACAAACUACUAACUUACACAUGAAAACAAGAAUGUGUGGCCAGAUAGGUAUGCCAAAAAGGAUGCUGUUAAAAACUAAAGAGUUUUAUAAAUACUAUUUCCUGUCAUUUUCUUUCAUCUAAGCAAAUUUGGCAGCGUAAGUUCAAAGUACUCCCUACCUUUGUAUUUCUGGCUCUGUCUUUAAACAGAGUUUAAAUUUAACUGCUGGUCUUUCCUUCACAGAUUCUUCUUUUCCCGUAUUUUUAUGAGGAAAGUUUCAAUUACUUUAAAGAGUGUUAUUGAUCUCCUAAAUGAAUCUGCUUGAACAAUUUUCAUAGAUUAGUUUGAAAUAGGUUUUUUCAUUAAUAAACUACCAUAGGCAUUUGCUUCCUUUCCAUGGAGAUUUUUUUGAUGUUUGUAAACCUCGAGUCUUGAGUUUUUACUUGAACAAAUCUUUUCUUAAGGGGAUUGAAAGACUUGAUGGUGUGUGCAUGAGAUUUAUUAUGAAAAUUUUACUUUUGUCUUUGUAAGUGGUGUCUCAGUGGCCUGGGCAGCAGAUUCUGGGUGUAGUACAAUUUAUGAAUUGGUCCCAAUGAGGACUGAUUUUGAUUUUAGCUUUUAGGGUAUCAUUGACCCAUUGGAUAAAGCUAAAAAUUCUGACUAUUCGUAUCAAAUUCUGUGUCUGUAAAUUAUGUUAUUUUGUGUAAACUGUUCCUUUACAUUAUCUGCUCUGUGAAUCUCUAUUCAUAUCUGUUCCUGCCAACUCUACUAUGCAUGAAUGCCAAGAAAGAAACAAAGUUAAAAUAAAGAUGUGGUUCAUGGUC